GUUGCCGUAGCAACCAGGCUACCGGGGAUGCGGCGGCGGGGCCUCCAAGCCAGAGGCUACCCAGCCCCUGGGCUCUUCACGAGCUUUGCUCACUGCCGGCACCAUGUCCGUGCGGACGCUACCGCUGCUUUUCUUGAACUUGGGCGGGGAAAUGCUUUACAUCCUGGACCAACGACUGCGAGCCCAGAACAUCCCCGGAGACAAGGCCCGAAAAGAUGAAUGGACAGAGGUGGACAGAAAACGAGUUCUAAAUGACAUCAUCUCAACCAUGUUCAAUCGAAAGUUUAUGGAGGAAUUGUUCAAACCCCAAGAGCUCUACUCCAAGAAGGCCCUGAGGACUGUCUACGACCGCCUGGCUCAUGCCUCCAUUAUGAGACUGAACCAGGCCAGCAUGGAUAAGCUAUAUGACCUGAUGACUAUGGCUUUCAAAUAUCAAGUAUUGCUGUGUCCCCGUCCCAAGGAUGUGUUGCUGGUCACUUUCAAUCACUUAGAUGCCAUCAAAGGAUUCAUCCGAGACUCCCCAACCAUCCUGCAUCAAGUGGAUGAGACUUUCCGGCAGCUGACUGAAACAUACGGAGGUCUCUCUGCAGGGGAGUUCCAGCUGAUCCGGCAGACGCUGCUCAUCUUCUUCCAGGACCUGCACAUCCGGGUGUCCAUAUUUCUAAAGGACCGAGUUCAGAAUUCUAGUGGUCGCUUUGUGUUGCCAGUGUCUGGGCCUGUUCCCUGGGGAACUGAAGUUCCUGGACUCAUCAGAGUGUUCAACAACAAAGGCAAAGAGGUGAAGAAUGUAGAAUUCAAGCAUGGUGGAAACUAUGUCACUGCAUCAAAAGAAGGUUCUUUUGAACUUUAUGGAGACCGAGGCCUGAAACUGGGAACUAAUAUGUACAGUGCAAACCGGUCUGUGGAAACCCAUAUGUCUGGAGCAUCAAAGAACUUAGCUUCACAGACACAGGAAAGCAUUGCUCCAAACCCUCUUGCUAAAGAAGAGCUGAAUUUCCUGGCCAGGCUGAUGGGAGGGAUGGAGAUUCAGAAACCCAGUGGCCGGGAGCCAGGAUUCCGGUUGAAUCUCUUCACUACUGAUGAAGAGGAGGAGCAAGCAGCACUAACCAGACCAGAAGAGUUAUCCUAUGAAGUCAUCAACAUACAGGCCACUCAGGACCAGCAAAGGAACGAGGCGCUGGCUCGGAUCAUGGGGGAGCUUGAGAUCACGGACCAGCCUAGGCAGAGUGCCAGCAAGGGGGAUGAUUUGCUGGCCAUGAUGGAUGAGUUAUAGCUGUGCUGACCAGGCCCACCCACCUUCACGGGAGAGGCUGCUUGACCACCCCAGGGGACGCCCCUGAGAGAAAAUGCUGCUGCUAGUUUUCUACCAAGUGGAGCCGUUACCUCUUGUUCCUGUUUACGUUGUAGCAAGCUGCGCAAGUCUUCCUCAGGGAGCAUGCUCUCUGGAAGGCACACCCAGAAACAUACCGUCAGCAAAAUAUAUUCUGGCUUUUAAAUUGCACCUUUCCCAUUUUCUUUCCACUUUAAUGGCAAGCAAGCAGCCAAAGCCUUCAAGGUUCGAGUUUUAAGCCCCAGAGUCAGGAAAGGGGCAUGUCUGUUGAGCUUUUAGUUGCAGCUUUUCUCUGGGGACCUACAGAUGCCAAUGAAUCACCAAGACGCUCCAGAGCUUUCUAGGAUGUAUUCAGCCUUGUAAGUGAGUUUGAAAUAAGUGGAAAAGGCAGUUGCCUCAAACACCUGGGGCCCAGUUUAGACAGCCCUCCUCUCCCUGGCACAUUGGGAACUGUAACCUCAGAGGCAGGGUGAGCAGGGCCAUCACAGGGAACACUCAGCUGGUGCCCCAUGGAGCAUGCGGGUGUCUGUAGUUCUCUGCACAUCUCUCCAUGUGGCGGCUCUUCAUCCCAUAUGGAAAUAUGUACUUGCUUCUCAACAUGAUACAUACUCCUUACCUCCAGAGGCUCCCUCUGCCACUUAGUGUUCUUGCCCUCUAAGGCCCCAGCAUGAUGUGCCAUGGCGCCUGCCUCCUCUGCUCCAACAUCAAUGGCCAGGCAGAGCCUCAGGUUGGAUACAGGGGAGGCACACAUGGUGCUCCACUUUCCCUUCUGUGUACCAGGUGAGUUACUUCUCUUGGC